GCUGUCUUUCGCCUUUCCCCUAUGGAUACACGUACAUUGGCACUCAGCACUGGCCUCUCCUACCUUACCUUACUCUCUCGGUCACUCUCUCUUCCAUUACUAGGUAUGAGGCUAUGAGGUGCACCUUACUCCGUAGACUCAUCUCUUCCUCUCGCGUCUCCAAACCUCCUAGUUGAAUGAACAAGUACCAUUUCGUAUCCACGCACCCCCCCACCCCCGUCAUGCUCCCCCAAGUCCGCUGCCUCUUGUUCGCUGUGUGUCUCUCUUGCGCGGCGUGCCGCGAACACCAUCUUCCCUGGUCUCUGAGGUCGUGUUUGUUCUCCAACAUCUUAUCCCAAAUCCAUCAUUCCCAUACCUGCCUCACAAACCCGGCGCUACCUAUCCUCACCACUCACUCACCUCAUUCACGCUCGCCUUGAAUCCGGCCAAUGUACACGUGCUUACUCGCCCGACUCUUCAUAUCUCAUCCCAUCUUAUCCUCCCCUUGCCCAACCGAGUCCCUGACCUGACCACACCUUGCCCGACUCGUGCUGCCUUGUCUCUCCCAGCGGCCAGGGUCAGGUCCUCUUCUUCCAAGACUCGGGACAUCCAUCCGCAUCCACUCACCCUAAUCGUCCGAAUUUCACCCCUCGCUCGUUACUACCACGCUAUCCGCAAGACCGUAAGGAUACCUAGCCUACCAAGUACCGCCGCUGCCUCCAGUCUUCCCUUACCUUUCCCAGCAAGGUUCCUGGUUCUUGCCGGAGGCUUGCUGCACUCCGGUCCUUUCUUCAAACAGCUAUUCCCUCGACCGUCACUUAUUAACACCCCUCCGCCGUCCAUUUUCAUGUGCACACACUUUUUGAUCCCCUCUUCUUCUUCUGAUACCUACUCCCGCCUUCUGACAACCUCGUUUUCUCUACUAUCUCGAAUCCUCCAAUCUUCGCUUCGUUAGCUCGACGACGGAGAUACAUCGCCCUCUAUUCUCCCGCCCAACUGACUCCCUUCUCACCUUCUUCCCACAGAGUGUAAACAGCGCAAUCGCCACAGUAUUGAACCCAUCUCGACGACUUGCCUUUGGAUAACGUUACAUGGCCCAAUAAUCGAUUACUCGACCUUGACGGCCUCGAAGGCCCGAUUUGGCCGAGGCAUUCCCACGACGACGGAAUAGGCUGGGCUUGGACCCCCGAUUACUGCACGUCAAUUCUGUCGACCAUGGACGCUGCUGCGAACCGACGGUCAAUGCUGCCCACCAUUCAGACGACACAUCAUGGAGAGCCGCACACCGCAACUAAAAGCUCCGCUGCAGAGCUCCGGAGUGUCUCGACACCAGCGCUGGGCGGCAAGAGGCGUAGUUUCUUAGCAAAGACCUUCCGGAAGGUCAGCAGCAGUUCCUCCUCAACUGACCUUGCGUCCAUGUCUGAGGAGGCCUCGAGCGGCCUCCAAAUGAAGAGUAAACGCGUUCUUCACAAGAACAACGGAUCCGGCGGCUCAAAUUCGUCCUCCAUUUUCUACCGCCUCAACCGACGAGCCUCCAAGGACUCUUCCGCGAGUUCGCACAUGUCCGAGGAGACUCCCAACUAUCUCAGCCCUCAGCCGCCAGCGCCGGUUCCUAUCAGAAUUCUCAAGCACGGAGCCUUAAAGACCGACAGCCGCCUGUGGAAAUCGCGCGCCGAGUAUGUUGUCUUAACUGACGGGCACCUCAUCAAAUUCAGCAGUGUCGAGUCAGCAAGGGCGAACUUUGCUGAGCUUGCCCCGCCGUCUCAGCGCUUGAAGAGGUCUUCGACGUCUUCCACUUUGAGUCAGGAUGGGUCACACUCUGAUGGUCGGGUCGAAAUUCCAUUGAGUAGGAUCGUCAACAUUUUCAACGAAGAGGGUGUAAGCCCUCACUUUGGACUGGAUGUGUGGUGGUCCGAGACUUCGCCAAUGGUAUCCUGGGCUUGCACAAAGUUGUUCUUUGGAAUGCCUACUGAGCGAGACGAGUGGAUGUCGGAGAUUCGCCAUGCUAUUCGUGAGUCUGUGGGCUCAGCUGUUGUGCCAAAGGGGCUCAUUGCCCCCAACGUCGAGUCCGCCAUUUACAACAUUGUUGCUACACAAGAGCCCGCGUGCCGAGGCUGCCCAUUGGAUAUCUUUCCAGUCGUUCAACGCACCACCCUCCUAAGUACCAAAGCCGAGAACAUUGAAAAUGCCAAAAAGUCUCGUGACGGAUCAUCGUAUUACUUGCUUCUCGGCCAGAACAAGUGCUAUCUUGUGCGAGUUGCCAGGACUUCCGUAUACAAAGCUCCCCAGGAUAUCGAAAUCAACACCGUAGUUUUUGGCUUGACAUCCCUGGUCCGCUUGAAAGCGACUAUGGUCCCUCACGAGGAGCGGUUCGUUCUUGGAUUCCGACUCCCUUGUGAAAACGAGAAACGACUCGAGCUGGCAAGUCGGUGGUACAGAGAGAUCGUCAUGACGUUCAUGAAGGCAGAUCGCGCAGUGAAGCCUGCUUGGCCUCAGCACAUGCAACGGCACAUUUUCGACAUCAGGGGUCUCACCGCUCAAUUGCUCCUUCCAACUGGGCAAGACUAUGGUGGACUUAAGCGCACCCUCGAGGCGUAUUGUGCGACGUUCCAGUGCAAGCCUCCCGAAUGGACUGUGAACUGGAAAUGCGAACGCCGGGAGCACUGCCCAGAAUUUCGACUUCUCCCUGCAAAGGAAGCAGGUGGAUACACGGCACUCCAGCUUUUGGCAGUCUUCAAGGCCCUCCGCUUCAAUGACUACUUCAAGGCUCUAUCGUUCCGUGACGUCGAUUUCUCGCCCCUGUGCGGGCUGACCGAUGUUCCGGGAUGGGACGAGUCCAUAGCUGACAUUUCUCGCGAUGGAUUUGUCAUCGAUCCCAUGCAUCGAGAUAUUAUCAAGACUGCUCCCCUGUUAUCCCAGGAGAUUCACGCUGUUGCCUUCACCUCUGGUUCUGUCCGUAAGAUAGACUUGACCAACGUUCUGGCAUCGCGUAACAUUGUUGGUGUCUCACGCGCUCGUGCCGGGACCAAGAAGGAUCCCGAGGUCGUUCGCCCUAUCCUUCUUUUGCUCAAAACCCGCAGCACUCCUUGUGAUACUCUGCUAGUUGGUGGGAACCCACUGACGGCAGCUGAAGUUGACGAUCUUGUGGGUGUCCUCCAUAUUCCCGAUCUUCUCAAGGAGCUCGACAUUUCUAGAUGCAAUCUCGAUGAGAGAAGCUUGGAAGAAGUUUGGGAUGCUUUACCCUCCCAGGGAUACAAGAUGGAGGCUCUCAAUACUUCUCGCAAUAUUGGACACGUGGAUCACAUGGCCGUGAAGCAAAACCUGGCUCAUUUCUACAAUUUGCGAAAGCUCGGCAUCGCAGGAAACUGCCUCACUCAGGCCAAGGAUACCAUCUUCCUCGACGAAACUAUCAUGGGAUGGGGCCUUGAGGAGCUGGAUCUCUCACAUAUCAACCUCAAUGACGCCACAUUGCAAGUUCUGGGCGACUACUUGAAGUCUUCACAGGCCGACUAUCUCCGCAGGCUUGACCUCAACAACUGCGCAAUGACCGGUUCCCAAAUCGCAACUCUCUUCCGCAGCAUGGGUGAAGCAAGAGUGAUUACUUGCUCUAUCAGCGGCAACUAUCUCGAGAACGGCACAGACGAUUUGGUAUCUGCCAUUGUUGACAAUUUCGGACCGACGUCCCUCUUCAUGGAUAUGGUUGAAUUUCAAAACGAGGACAACUACAUCAAGCUCAUCAACGCGCUCUCAGUCAACAAAUCGAUACGACUGCUCAGCCUGGUGGGAACUUCAACCCCUGGACAAGUCAGCGAGGACGCCUGCAUGGCCGUGUCAGAGUUCUUUGCCACGAACAAAUCGGUUCAAUACCUCGACUUCUCCGGCUUUUCCGCCAAGCUCGACGAGGGUCAACUCGGCCUGGGCUUCUCGCGCUCUCUGUCUGGACUCGCCGAGAACAAGACGCUGCGUCACCUGCGAAUUCGGAACCAAAAGUUGAACUUGAACAUUGGUGAUCUGGCACAUGCGAUCCAACUCAACCAAACCCUCACGACACUCGACGUACAGGAGAACAACUUCAAUCUGUCCAACUUGUCCCACAUGGUUAGAUCUCUUGACCACAAUAGCUCUAUCCAAGAGUUUUGCCCGUUCUCCCGGUCUGAGCUUAGCCGGGCUAUCAAGUUCAGCGUCCAGAACGUCGGCAUGCCAACGAGCCAGCCGACUUCGUCUCGAGCCCGCCGCGCGUCCAAGGUCCUAUCAAAGGCCACUUUUGACAACUUUGCAAUGGAAAUGGACAAGAACAAUGCUCUCAUGGAGAACUUGAAGGACGAGUGGAGCGUCAAGACGGCUCAGAUUGAACGUCUUCUCGAGAGAAAUCGGACCUUGAGUUCUGAAAAGGAGAUGGCGAUUAUGCAGUGGGAUCCUCAAGUGGAAGGCCAGGAGGAUUGGAUCGCCCUUGAGCUCGGCACUGUCUUCGGAGGCCUUGCCAUCAAGGCUAUGAAGACCCGACGCAAGAUUAUGCAGCCUGGCUAUCGCGGCAGCGUAUACUUUGGUGCAAAUACCCCGCCUCUGGAGGGUAUGGAAGAGUUUGGUGCCUUGGCAGCUCCUCACCAUGUCACUCGCGAGGAAGUCAUGGAAAGUCCCGCGACAGAGGUCGCCAGCGGUUCCUCCGGUCUUCCGACCCCUCCCGAAUGGGCUCCUGCUGAGAGCCCCGUCAAGGAGUACUCAAUUGCGUCCAGCGCACCACCGUCUCGCGAUGCACCUCGCAUCAUCGAUGAGAACGCUAAUGAGUUCGACCUUUCUCUUCUCAAACAUAUGAUACAACAUGGAUUCAACCUCGACGAUUCGACGCAAGGCCAGGACCAGGACGUCGGCAGGAAAGCGGGGCCCUCAGUGUCGACCACGAGACUCAGAUGAAUCAAAUACACAAUCGAAACGAAGAACAAAUACACAAUCGAAACGAAGAACAAAAACAUUCGAAAAGGAACGAAAGAAAAGCGAAACGAAAAAAACACGAAAGACACCAACUCAUGUGUCCCCCAUACAAUCUCCCACGUUUACCAAAUCAUUAGACAUUAGCGACGGCAACAUCAUUUUUUGUGUUUUUUGUUUAACAAGGCGUUUAUAAAAGGGAGGAACAGGUGUUUUGUUUUCUUGGAAUAUCGCGCGGGAUUGAUACCCAGACUCGCAGCAAUGCUCUAGUAUUAGUGUUGGAUUCUAUCCCGUGCCAUGGGCACGGUUGGCUUACAGUUUCGGCGUUGCGGUUCCUCGCUCAGCAUACUUACUCUGUUUUGGAUUUUGCCCAAUGUAGGAAUACUAUCAGAGGAUGGAGCAUGCUUUGGUUGGAGGGUAGUCAGUUUCUCACCGAUAAUACAUAAUUGUGAGAUUAUUCAACAUGGC